AUGCCUGCAGAUGUCAAUCCGUUACUCCUCGCUAUAAUAAUAAAAGAGGCUGUCGAUUUAAUUAUACGUGAUGAGUAUGGAAAUAGCGAUGAUGAUAGUGAAGAUGUUGAUGAUGAUGAUGAUGCUGUCGACGAUGACGAUGAUGAUCUUAGUGAAGAAGAGGCUGUCGAUUUAAUUAUACGUGAUGAGUAUGGAAAUAGCGAUGAUGAUAGUGAAGAUGUUGAUGAUGAUGAUGAUGCUGUCGACGAUGACGAUGAUGAUCUUAGUGAAGGUGACAAGUAUUACAAUGAAAGUUUAGAUAAAGAUGACAUCGAUAUUAAAUAA